CUUUCUACGGGAAACUGGUUCUCCCGUGCUGGAGGUGAGUUCAACAGGCACCAGAGCACAGCUUUCUGAGAAUCCGGCCAGACACGGAUCCUCUUGUGUGAGGUGGGAACGACGGUCAGGAUCUUCUUACCUCUGCGUCCUCCUCCCACUUUUAUUAUUAUCUACCGCAUUGCUGCCUCCUUCGCGGCCGUCGGCUUCAACCGUGGGAAUUCAGAAAUAUCACGGGAAUUUGCAUGCAGAAUCUGCUGGAGUCGAGGAGCAGCCCUAGUGAAUAGAUUCAGAGCGGGAUGGGGAGAAUUCCCGCUUUUCUCGGCCUUGUAGCCUUGGCUCUCGCCUCCUUGUCGCUCUCGUCCUUUCCGACGAUAUGCGUCGCUCAAGAUUCGCGGUCAUGGAUCGGAAUCGACGGCAGCGAGAAGCUGGCAGAUUCCUCAUCUGUCGCCAGCCGUCGGAUUUCGUCGGGUCAACGCUGGCUGCUGGCUGCUGCUGGCGAUGACGAGGAGGAGGAGGCAGCAGGGGGGGACGAUGAGGAUUCUGGUGCAGGUGAUAAGGAAUCCGACGCGAAAACGAAGUCUGCUGCAUCGGAGGAGGAGGAGGAGGGAGAGGAAGAAGAAGCUCCUUUGAAGAAGAAAGCCGGCGUAAAGAAGCCACUGAUCAAAACGAAAACGAAAUUGAAGUCGAAACUUGAUGUAGCGGAAGAAGAGGUGGAAGUCGACGAACCCGCGAAGCCAGUAACGAAGAGCUCACUGAAGAGGACGAAGAAGAAGGCAGAGGACGCGGAAGAGGAGGAGGAGGCAGAGGCAGGUGGGGAUGACAGCCAAGAGGCGGACGUGGACGCGGAGGAUGAAGAUGCGGCGGAGUUAAAGCCGAAAGCGAAGAAGGCAGCGACAUCGACAUCAGCAUCGACGUCGACGUCGAAGGCUACCGAGGGUAAGAAGAAGCGAGCUGAUGCUGAGGAGGGGGAGGAGAAGGAGGGUGCGGACGAGGGAGGAGAAGAAAAGGAGGACACCACGAGUGUAACGAAGAAGAAGCGGAGCGCCAAGAAGGUUACCGUUGCUGCUGCUGAUGAGGAGGAGGAGGAGGACGACGGUGCGGGUGGGAAGAAAGCCGGUGGGAAUGAGUCUGAUGCUGCUGAUGCCGACGCUGACGCCGAUACGGACGCGGACGCAGACGCGGGUGCCGCCAAGGGGAAGAGCAAGAAGGCUGUCAAGACAAAGGGCAAGGCCCAGGCGGAUGAGGAGGAAGAGGAGGUGGAGAGCAAGGCGAACAAGGCAGGCGGAGACGAGGGAGCGGACGAAGAGGCGGCGGAGGGUGCCGGUGCUGGUGGGAAAGCAAGCACUGUGGCUGAUAAGGAGUCGGAGGAGGAUUCGGGUGCUGGUGGGGAGGGCGAGGAGGAAAGUGUCCCUAAGAAGAAAUCGAGGGCGGGGAAGAAGAUGGUGGAGGAGGAGGAGGAGCAGGAGGCGGCUGCUGCUGAGGGCGAAGGAGAAGGAGACGGGGUAGAGGAGAAGGGAGAGAGGGGCGGAGAGGAGGAGGGUAGUGGCGCUAAAUCUGGCGGUAGUGAGGCGGAGGGUGAGGGAGAAUCGGAGCAGGGUGCAGGUGAGGAAGAGAGCACGGCGGAUAAGGCUGCUGACGAUAGUGGCGGCGCUGCUGCUGCUGCUGGUGCUGGUGCUGGUGCUGCCGGUGCUGGUGCGGCUGGUGGUGCUGUUCCCGAUCAGGACGAGCAGAAGGAGCAGCAGGAGCAGCAGCAGGAAGAGCAGCAGGAGCAGCAGGAGGAGCAGAAGUCAGGCAAGGAAGAACCCCCCAAAACCCCAACCGCUGAGGAGCAGGAGGACAAGCAGGAGCCAGCACCGGAGCAAGAAGCCGAAGCAGACGCAGAGUCUUUCGCUCCCUGCGACGCUGCCCUAACAGACUACACCCCCUGCGAGGACGUCAGGCGGUCCCUCGCUUUUCCCCGCAAGAUGUACGAGUACCGCGAGAGGCACUGUCCCCCGCCGUCCAACGCGCUCUCCUGCCUCGUGCCCCCGCCCGUGGGGUACCGCAGCCCCCCCCAGUGGCCCGAGAGCCGCGACUGGGCGUGGUAUGCGAACGUGCCGUAUAAGCACCUGACGGAGGAGAAGGCCGGGCAGAACUGGGUGCGGUACGACCAGCAGCAGCAGAAGUUUGUGUUCCCGGGCGGGGGGACUAUGUUCCCUAAGGGCGCGGAUGCGUAUGUGAAGGGGCUGGGGAAGAUUAUCCCGGACUUUGGCAACGGGUCUGUGCGCACGGUGGUGGAUACUGGAUGCGGGGUGGCGAGCUUCGGAGCGGCCCUGCUGAGCCACAACAUGGUGGCCAUGUCGUUCGCCCCCCGGGACACGCACGAGGCGCAGGUGCAGUUCGCCCUGGAGCGCGGCGUGCCGGCCAUGCUGGGCAUCAUGGCCACCAAGAGACAGCCGUACCCGGCUCGCGCGUUUGACCUUGCUCACUGCUCGCGCUGCCUCAUCCCGUGGUCGAUCGAAGGCGGGCUCUACCUAAUCGAGGUCGACCGUCUGCUCCGCCCCGGCGGGUACUGGGUUCUGUCAGGCCCGCCAGUGGACUGGCAGCACCACAACAAGCACUGGGGCAAGCCCGAGGCCGAGAUGCGCGCACAGGACGAGGGGAUCAGCGCCGUUGCCGCUGCGCUGUGCUGGAAGAAGGUCGGGCAGAAGGAUGCUGUGGCCGUGUGGCAGAAACGAGCGGAUGACUCGUGCUUUGCUGGGAAGAAGGGGGAGGAGAGGAGGAGGAGGUUGGGUGAGCUGGUGGGAGCGGGAGGGGCGCGGCGCGUGCUGGCAGGAGGGGGAGGAGGGGGCGCGGAUGGGUCAGUGGCAGAGGUUCAGCUGGAGUUAUGCCCCGAGUCUGACAACCCUGAUGACGCCUGGUACACCCCCAUGAGGCACUGUGUCUCCCGCGCCCCUCGCGCCUCUCGCCCCACUCCCCGCCUCGCCCCCUGGCCGAAACGCCUCGCGCAAGCCACCCCCCGCAUCAGACGCGCAGACGCAUCCGCCGCUGCCGCUGCUGCUUCGGACGGCACUGGGAAUAGUAAAACCCUCGUUAAGAGGUUCCUCAACAGCCUGCGCAGGUGGACGAAGCGAGUGGCCUGGUACAAGGAGGCGGUUCUCCCGGCUCUCGGCCAGGGAAGAUACCGCAACGUAAUGGACAUGAAUGCAGGAGUCGGGUCCUUCGCAGCCGCUCUGGCAGGAGACCCAGUAUGGGUGAUGAACGUGGUUCCUGUGGAAACGCCGGCGGAAGUAGGGGAGCAGCAGAAAAAGGCAGGGAAGGGGGAGGAUGGAGUGGGUGCGGCGGGGCUGCCGGGAUACCAGUGGAGGGUGUCUGCUAAGACAGAGUCGCUGGGCCUGCCACCCGGGGAGGCGCUGGGUGUUAUCUACGAGCGAGGCUUGAUUGGGACGUACCAGGACUGGUGUGAGCCGUUCUCCACAUACCCUCGCACGUACGACCUCAUCCAUGCGGCCUGGCUCUUCUCUGCUAUCUCCAAGAGGUGCUCGGUGGAGGUGGUGCUGAUGGAGAUGGACCGCAUCUUGAGGCCGGAGGGUGCGGUCAUCUUCCGCGACAGCCACGCCGUGCUGCGCACGAUCCAGCCCCUCGCGAAGCGCCUGCGCUGGGACGCCCGAUUCGAAGCCAACCGGCCCGGUGGCAGCGGGCGCAUUCUCGUGUGUGUCAAGAAGUACUGGGUCGAAGGGUAGAGUGUGUGUAUGUGGGGCGGCACAGGAGCAAACACUGGUUCGUCCAAGUGUGGUGAAUCAUUGCUGGCCUGGCAGGAGAGCUGACGUUUGUGAGAACAGUGGUACAGUGGCAAGGAUUAGACAAGAUGGAGUAAGCAAGGAUACCACAAUGCGAUUGUACGUCGUCUGGAAUGUUUUUUGCUACAUUCAUUUUGAUAGGUUGAAUGAUGGUGAAUUUGACCAAGGUUUGUUGCAGGAACAUACCAGUAGGGGGAAAGGAUCUUGGGAAUGUAUUCAACUCAAAUUAGGGCAGAGAAUUAU